GACUGUCCAAUGAGAAAAGAGGAGAGAAGAAACAACCGGGGAAGAUAAAAUAUGGUGGACCUCGUGUGGUUGAAUGUUUUAUCGCUCAAGAAAAUACAGUAAAAUUCAAAUGGAGGUUUGUGAAUACUUUGUAUAAGUGCCGAAAGAGCGUCGGGUUGACUGUGGCAGCAGAGAACCUGGAUAUAAAUAUCUGCAGCACAAAGCACGGAGUAGUGUCCCGCGUCUAGUUAAUUUCCCCAGUCUGGACCAGAUUGGCGGAUAGGGAAAGACUGCAAGAUGUCAGAUACAUGGAGUUCUAUCCAGGCUCACAAGAAGCAGCUGGAUUACUUGCGGGAGAGGCUGCAGCGCAGGCGGAAGGAUGCCACAUCUCAGCUGGGUCUGGAUCCUCAAAACCCAGACAGCGGCCUUUCACCAAGCUUUCGCAGCGAUAGCCCUGUCCCUUCUGCUGCUCCUCCCCAGCCUCCGAAAGGUUUGAGUGGCUCUGCAGAGGUCACUCCGGACCCAGAGCUGGAAAAGAAGCUUCUCCACCAUCUCUCAGAUGUGUCCCUCGUCCUGCCGGCAGAUUCUUUGGCUAUCCAGCUUGCCAUCGCUACGCCAGAUUUUCCUGUUACACGACAAGCAGUAGAAAGCCUUUUACAAAAGUUUGCUGCUCAGGAGCUAAUAGAGUUGAAAGGUUGGGGUCAGGAAGAUGAUGACCGCCCCACUGUUGUAACGUUUGCCGACCAUUCCAAGCUCUCUGCCAUGAUGGGUGCUGUGACUGAGAGGAAAGCACCAACAACUCAGUCGGGAACCAAGAAGAGAAAAAACCAGGAAACAAAUCAAUCAACAUCCUCAUCUGUCUCAUCUUCUGCUAGUACCUCAGGGGAAAAGAAAAACUCUGAGCCACAAAAAAAGGCACGAAAACAGGCUUCACAUUUGGAUCUGGAGAUUGAAAGCUUGUUAAGUCAACAAUCCACCAAGGAACAACAAAGCAAAAAGGUGAGCCAAGAGAUCCUUGAGCUUCUGAACACCAGCACUGCCAAAGAGCAGUCUAUCGUGGAGAAAUUCCGCUCUCGGGGCAGGGCGCAGGUGCAAGAGUUUUGUGACUAUGGAACCAAGGAGGAAUGUAUGAGAGCAUCAGGUGUGGACACCCCAUGCCGACGGCUGCACUUCAGGCGUAUUAUUAACAUGCACACGGACGAGUCUCUAGGUGACUGUUCCUUCCUAAACACCUGCUUUCACAUGGACACUUGCAAGUAUGUUCACUAUGAGAUAGAUGCCUGGGUAGAGCCUGGAGGAACUGCAGUAGGAGCUGAAACAACCCCCAGUCAAGACAUGCCAGUAGCGAAAGGCGUAGGAGACCCCAGUGUAGGAAGGCUCUUCCCUGCACAGUGGAUCCGCUGUGACAUCCGUUACCUGGAUAUGAGUAUCUUGGGCAAGUUUUCAGUAGUGAUGGCUGACCCACCUUGGGACAUCCACAUGGAGCUACCUUAUGGCACACUGACUGAUGAUGAGAUGAGGAAGUUGCAGAUCCCUGUGCUACAGGACGAUGGCUUUCUUUUCCUCUGGGUGACUGGAAGGGCUAUGGAAUUGGGCCGAGAGUGUUUAAAGCUAUGGGGAUAUGAGCGGGUGGAUGAGAUCAUAUGGGUCAAAACAAAUCAGUUACAGCGAAUUAUACGAACAGGACGGACAGGCCAUUGGCUUAACCAUGGAAAGGAGCACUGCCUGGUUGGUGUUAAAGGGAAUCCUCAGGGAUUUAAUAGGGGUCUGGACUGCGAUGUCAUUGUAGCAGAGGUCCGUUCCACAAGUCACAAACCUGAUGAGAUCUACGGCAUGAUUGAGCGUCUGUCUCCUGGAACCCGCAAGAUAGAGCUAUUUGGGCGCCCCCACAAUGUCCAACCAAACUGGAUCACAUUAGGUAAUCAGCUUGAUGGAAUCCACCUUCUGGAUCCAGAUGUUGUGGCUCGAUUCAAGCAGCAGUAUCCAGACGGAGUGAUCUCAAAACCGAAGAACAUGUAAACAAAGGCUCUGCUUUGUCAGUACACCAAUGCUGGACUCUAAUCGCUACAAGUAACAGAAGCCUUUGUACAUUGCUCAGCAAUUACAAAAACAACUGUAAGGAUAUGUCCAUGAUAGAGAAUGGUUAAACCACUGCUAUGCUUACCUGUACUAUUCUGUGAAGAAGCAGGGACAUAAAAAAAACGGGGUUGCAGUACUGUAAAUGGCACAAUUUUGUUUUGUUAAAAUAAAUAUUUUGAUCAA